AUGGAUGAGGACAAGGGCAACCCCAACUCCCAGCCACCCAGCCCCUUGCCCAGCUGGCUAGAAGAUGAGGCACUCAGCGGGCAGUGGCUGGGGGCAGUGGGCGGGUCAGACCUGCCACUGUCAGAGACCGAGGAGGGGGCCUUUGCCCACAUGGAUGAUGACUGGAUAUAUGAGACCGAUGAAGACCUUUUCCAAUGCGCAGAUGUUACCGCAUGGGAAGAAGACGUGACGCUCCAGGAGCUUUACCGAUGGAAAGAAGAAGUGAGAGUCCAGGAACGUUCCGAACGGGGAGACAGAAGACACCGAGAGCUCUACGAAUUUGAAGAUGUGAGAGUCCGAGCACUUUCCCAAAGGCGGGAUGGGAGACACCCAGAGCUGUACCAAUGCGAAGAAAGCGUGAGAUGCCAGGAGCUGCACGAAUGGGAGGAAGGUGGUGUGAGAUACCACGAGCUGACCCAAUGGGAAGAACAUGUGACAGUCCAAGAGGUGCCCCAAAGGGAAGAAGAAGAGACAUAUCAAGAGCUGUCCCAAUGGGGAGAUUUGAGAGGCCAAGAACUUUCCCAAUGGGGGGAUGUGGAAGUCCGAGAGCUGUCCCAGCGGGAAGGUGGGAGAUACCGUGACCUGCCGCAGUGGGAAGAAGAUGUGCAAGGGCACAGACUGUACCAAUGGAAAGACAAGAGAGACCCAGAGCUCUCCCAAGUGGGAGACAAGACAGACAAGAAGCAAUCUCAGGAAGAAGACUACAGUGCCCAAGAGCUGCCCCAAAGGGAAGAUGGGAGUGAGAAAAAGCUGUCCCAGUGGGGAGACGAUGUCAGUUACAACACCUGGGACAAAUCCUGGCGCCAGGUGAACGCUGGGGAUGCCCAAACUGCUGCCCAGGACGGGCCCAGCUCUGCCAGCAGCAUGGCUGCUGCCCCAGCCGGAGCUGCUGAGGAGGAGGAGCCCCAGGGACCUCUCGCUCCUGAGGAGGAAGAAGCAGAAGGUUCUCCAACCUUUGGAGAGCAGGUGCCAUCAGCAGGGACACAGAGCCAGAUCCCUGCCCCACGGAGCCCCUCAGAGGGCAGUGAGGCCCUGCUGGACACAAACCAGUACAUCACCAGUGAGAUUGUGAGGAAGGCUGUACUUGUGAUCCAGGAAUCAAGCCAGCAGCCGAAGGAAGAGAAAAACCACGAACAAACCGUGGAUACAGACAUGGUGACAACUGUUCCAGUAGAACAGACAGAGAGCCCAGUCCCUGCCCCACAGAGCCCCCCAGAGAGCAGCCAGGCUCUGCUGGACAUGGUCAAGCUCAUCAUCACCGAGAUUGUGCAGAAGGCUGUGCUUGUAUUCCAGGGAUCCGACCAGCAGCUGGAGGAACAGAGGGUCCUAGAACAAAGCACGGCUACGCUCAGCCCCUCUACUGCCACAGGGACACAGAGUCUGGCUCCAGCCUCACACAGCCCCUCAGAGAGCAGCGAGGCCCUGCUGGACACAAACCAGUCUAUCCCCAGUGAGAUCAUGAGGAAGGCUGAGCUUGUGAUCCAGGGAUCCGGUCAGCAGCCAGAGGGACAAAGAAACCUGGAACAAACUACUGCUACAGAAACGGUAGCAAUAGUUCCAGCAGAAAGGACAGAGAGCCCAAUCCCUGCCCCACGGAGCCCCUCAGAGGGCAGUGAGGCCCUGCUGGACACAGAGCAUCCCAUCAGCACUGAGGUCCGGAGCGAGCCUGAACUUGUGUUCCAGGGAUCCGGCCAGCAGCCAGAAGAACAGAGAAACUUGGAACAAACCAUGGGUGCUGACAACAUGACAACAGUUCCAGCAGAAAUGGAAGAGAGCUCGAUCCCUGCCCCACAGAGCCCCUGCUCCCACAGCAGCCCCUCGCCUUCCCAGUUGGAAGCCCAGGCCCUCAGCGAGCAGGAGGAGGAAGGACUCUUCACUGGGGAGGGCAUAAAAUGGAAAUACUAUAUUGACCAAGAGAUUUCCCAGUGGGAAGAUGAGGGAGACCAAGAGCUGUCCCAAGAAGAAAUCAACACAUACCAAGAAGCGUCCCAGCGGGAAGACUGCAUUGAGCAGGAGCUGUCCCCUGGACAAGUCAAGAGCUGCCAGGAAUUGUCUGACUGGGAAGAAUACAGCGAGGAAGAGGAGACCCAAGGAGAAGUGAAGAGCUACCAAGAAGUGUCCGACUGGGAAGAAAACAUCGAGCAAGAGCAGUCCCAAGGAGAAGAGAGUAGCAGCCAAGAAGUGUCUGACUGGGAAGAACACAGCGAGGAAGAGCUGUCCCAUGGAGGAGGGAAGAGCUACCAAGAAGUGUCUGACUGGGAAGAAAACAUCGAGCAAGAGCAGUCCCAAGGAGAAGAGAGGGGUGGCCAAGAAGUGUCUGACUGGGAAGGAUAUAGUGAGGAAGAGCUGUCCCAUGGAGGAGUGAAGAGCUACCAGGAAGUGUCUGACUGGGAGGACUACAGCGAGGAAGACCAAUCUGAAGAAGUGAAAAGGGACUUAGAACUGUGUGACUGGGAGGACUACAGCGAGAAAGAGCAGUCUCAAGAAGUGAAGAGGUGCAAAGAACAGUCUGACAGGGAAGAAUACAAUGAGGAAGAGCAGUCCCAGGAAGUGAAGAGGUGCGAAGAACUGUCCAACAGGGAAGAAUACAGUGAGGAAGAGCAGUCCCAAGAAGUCAAGAGGCACAAAGAACUGUCCGACUGGGAGGACUACAGCGAGGAAGAGCAGUCCCAAGAAGUCAAGAGGCACAAAGAACUGUCCAACUGGGAGGACUACAGCAAGAAAGAGCAGUCCCACAGAAAGGGCAGUAGCUCUCCAGAAGUGACCGACUUGGAAGAAUGCAGCACGCAAGCGCAGCCCCAAAGAAAAUUCAGUAACUACCAAGAUCUACUGUCUGACUGGGAGGACUCUAUUGCUGAAGAGCUGUCCCAAGAUGAAGACUCCUUUGGCCAAGAGUUUUCCGACUGGGGAGACUACAGACCCUCAGUGCUCUCCCAAUGGGAAGACGACAGCGACAGAGAGCUUGCACUGGCGGACUGGGAACACACGACCGUCCACAGCUUCGGCGCCAAGCCCUUGUUCCCAGAGGAGGAUGAGUGGGAAGAAGUGAGCGUCCUGGAGCUGUCCCAAGGACAAGGCACAGAAGACAGGCUGAGAAUUCUUGCAGAAGACGGGCUCCCAGUGCCCGUCCCUCUCGAGGCAUGGGCUCAGCACCGGGCACCUGCCCCACGCACACAAGUGCCAGUCUGUGCCUCACCUCCCCCACUGGAAGCCCUGUCCACUGGAGGAACUGAAGCUUCGCCUGCCUUCGACGAGCAGACGGCAGAGACAGGGAUACAGAGCCAGGUCCGUGCCCCACGGAGCCUCUGCUGCCCUCCCAGCCCCUCACCUCCCCAGCUGGAGGCCCAGGCCCUCAGCAGGCAGCUGGCUCUCCCCAGGAAACGUCUGUCCCGCUUCAGGCGGGCGCUCGGGGCUCUGCGCAGCCUGUUCUGCUCCUGCACGCUGGAGCGGGGCUGGCGGGAGCCGCUCUCCCCUCAGAGCCCCCUGAGGGCGCAGCAAUGGCGGCCCCGCCCUCCCUCAGCACCGCCCGAGGACGGAGCAGCCGCCAUUUGGUUCUGCUUGGCCACGGCCGCCCCCGCCGAGCCCGGGGACACUCCCGGCUUCAAGCAGCCGCCAGCGGCACUGCGGCUGAAGCGCAAAGGCCCGCGGAGGAGCGAACCCACCGCUGGCGCCGCUGCCCCGGCCCCGCGGGGCCCCUCAGCGCCCGCCCAUCCCAACCCCUUCUGCAGCCUGGACAACGCGCCUCAGCGGGCAGUGGCCCCUCAGCCCCUGCCACCAGCCCCGCUGGACGGGCAUCCAUUGGCAGCGCCCUUCUGGCAGCUGGGACCAAUCCCCAGCACAUGGUUAAAUAACUUUGGGAAAGGGGAAUGGGUUUCAUGGUAA